UUAACAGUUGAAGUGAAUGGUAAACAAGAAUCGAUUAUGCAACGUACAGCUCUUGUAGCAAAUACAUCUAAUAUGCCUGUAGCUGCUCGUGAAGCAUCUAUUUAUACCGGGAUCACAUUAUCCGAAUAUUUUCGUGAUAUGGGUUAUAAUGUUAGUAUGAUGGCUGAUUCAACUAGUCGUUGGGCUGAAGCAUUACGUGAAAUAUCUGGUCGAUUGGCGGAAAUGCCUGCAGAUUCUGGUUAUCCAGCUUAUUUAGGUGCUCGACUUGCAAG